GUGGGGAGUGAAAAGGGUCCAGAAGAAAGGGCAGGGAGAAUAAAACUCGCGAUAAUAUAAUUAGGGAUGAAGACAAAUGAUAGCUCGUUUCAGAUCCGAGAUCUGAGGGGGGAAAUAGGAUCUACGCUGUGCUCAUAAGGAUAAUAGAGUGACGCGUAGAAAAGUUUAAAGAGCAGCUUAGGAGAGAGUCUUAGAGCGAGCUUGAGAUUUCCAUCUCAUUCUUGGUUGCAGCCUCCACUGGACAGCAGCCGUAGAAUGAUGACGAGCAGCAAAACGACUCUUGCCUUCCUUAUCUACGGGCUCCUCGUACAAUGCAACGUGUGUUCGCCUCUGAACCAUCCGAACAUCAGAAUGGAGACGGCAGGAUUUGACGAGGAGGGCAAGGAAUUAACGGAUCUAACCUUUGACAGUGACCAGAUCACUAUUCGAAGCUCUCCUUCAGUCACUGAAGACGCAUACACGUUUUAUAGUCCUCCCUCGAAUAGAUUGGAAAGGCAUGCUGACGGGAUGUUUAAUAAAGCCUACAGGAAAGCGCUUGGUCAGUUAUCAGCGCGGAAAUACCUGCAUACACUGAUGGAAAAACGCGUGGGAGGAAGGACCACAAUAGAUGACGACAAUGAGCCGCUCUCAAAGCGUCACUCGGACGGGGUUUUCACGGACAGCUACAGUCGCUACCGGAAGCAAAUGGCCGUAAAGAAGUAUCUGGCCACGGUCCUGGGCAAAAGCCCUGACGACUUAGAUUUUCUACAAGACAUAGACUUUGGUGUGCUCACGGAUGGGGAUGAGAUUGAAGCAAUUUUGUUGGAUUUGCUGAGACAGUUUCCUCCUGAAUUCCUGGCUUUGUGACACAGGAGACAGCUAAGCGGCUUGGGUGCCUUUGCUUCAUCUUUAUAAUGGCCACCAAUUUCAGAUGGCAUAUUAGUGGCCCUCCAAAUGCUGCAAUCACCUGCUCACACACCUCCUAUUUCUCACAUAACUUCAUUUGUUAAAAUGCCACCUGGCCCUGCCUUUCCGUUGUUUUGUUUUUUUUCUUUAUGCAUAGUGUCUUGUAGCUAUCUGUACAGCAUUCAUUAAACAUUCUCAACCUUGAAACGCAUUUGGUGUGCAGAGACUGAUAGUGCCCAAAGCCUUACUUAAAUGUUAAGAUAAAUCUCUGUCUUGUGUUGAUCAUUAGUACAAUAUAACACAUGGGAGCCACACAAGGUCACCAUUAUAUAUGUAAGAAACAAAACAAAA